UUGGUGUCCCUUCCACUCGGCCGGUCAUUCUCCAGCUAGAAGUCCUACCGUUCAGACGUUUUUCUACUCAUUCCUAAAAUCUACGCUAACUAGAGCUCCAGAGCUCCUAACAGCUUUACAUUAUUUCUGACUAAGUUUUCCCCCGCGCAAAAAUGUACAUACUGACGCGUAUAGUGUUGGCAAUAUUGUUUUUGAUUGCUAGUAUAAAUUGGAACAGAGUGGAGGAGUUGGAGAAUGAGGCCCCUAAUCCAGGGAAUCCGGACGCCCAGCCCAGGGGCAUUUGCCCCCAUUGCGGGGCCGAAAUCUUGGCACCCAACGAGAACGAAGGGGAGCGUCGCAGAAGGCCCCAGCCUCCCCCUUUGAUCCGCAGUACCAUCUCCAUUGCCAAACUGGUCAUCACCUAUUGGAUAGUCUGGGUUGCAUCCGACCAACUUUUCCGCAAUGGCGGCGAUCACAAUAACACUGGCGAAGCAGAUGCCGACUUCAAUGAAGGAUAAUGAUGGACGACGGUGAACAUCACCACAAUCAACAAUAAUUAAUGUAAAAACAAAAAUUUUAAAUUUAUAUUAAUUGACUUUGUAAUGUGGGAUAAGUAAUUUCAAUAAUUUAUAAUGUUUUAAUUUUUUCAAAAUGUUUUCAAUUUUUAAUUUUUUAAAUUUUGUAAUGAGUAAUGAGAAAUAAAAUGAUUUUGAAGUUUUAA